GCUGCGCCGCCGCCCGCCGUCGGCGGCGGCGGUGGUGGGGGUUGGACCCGGGCGCGAUCGCCUCCCCCACAGUCUCCAUCGCGAUAUCGCGUCCUCCACUUCUCUGCCGCUGCAGCCGCCCGAAUCGCCGCCGCUUUACGCCGCCAACCGACGUGACCAUCCACGAGUGACGGUUCCGUCGCGGUCAAGUGUGCGCCCGUUAAAAGGGUAACCGUAUUUUCUGUGAGCACUUGGAUUUAUUAUCAUUAUUAUCAUCAAGAUUGCUGAGUUGUUGAUUGUUUUUGUUUUUUAACAUUGGUGUCAGUGUGUUUAUGUGCUGUUUUUUAAUGGAUUUAAUAGGGAUGACAGCUGAACUGAGCCGGCGCUAGGAUUUUUAUGUUCAAAAAAGUUGUAUAUUAUCUGAACAACAUGCGUAGAAGUAGAAGCUUUUGGGAAUUUACAUUGUUGCUGUUCUUUUCCCACCUCUUUACAAAUUACGCUUCUGCAAGCAUCUCGAGCAGCGCGGGCGCCGCAGGAGCGGGAGGCGGCUCGUCGACGUCGGACGGUACGGGGAAGUCCCGCUUCGUGGAGACGGCCGGGAAGUCGCCGUCGACCGUCCGUCCGUACUUCGACGACAUCGGACCGCGGAACGUGACCGCCGUCGUCGGACAGUCCGCCCUGCUCAACUGCCGCGUCAAGCAUCCCGGCGACAGGACGGUGUCUUGGAUGCGCAAACGGGAUCUGCACAUCCUUACUUCGGGUAUUCACACGUACACAGGAGAUCAGCGCUUCAGCGUGCGGCACCCCGAACACAGUGACGACUGGGAUCUGCGCAUCGAUUAUGUGCAGAAACGCGACGGCGGCGUCUACGAGUGUCAAGUCAACACCGAGCCCAAAAUCAAUCUGGCAAUCAUGCUAAACGUUGACGACGCGCAGGCGUCGAUAUCCGGCCCGCCGGAAGUGUACGUCAAAAAGGGCAGCACUAUAUCGCUCACCUGCACAGUGAACGUGCACUCGAACCCGCCGUCUAGCGUGCUUUGGUACCAUGGACACGCCGUCGUGGAUUUCGACUCGCCGCGCGGCGGCAUCAGCUUGGAAACGGAGAAAACCGAGGCUGGCACCACCAGCAAGUUGCUGGUGACCAAGGCGCUGCUAGGCGACACCGGAAAUUACACCUGCAUGCCCUCAAAUGCCAGCCCUGCUUCGACUGUCGUGCAUGUUCUUAACGGGGAGCAUCCGGCGGCCAUGCAGACCAGCAGGGCGGGCGCCCACCACCAGAGGGCGCUGGCGGCGACAUUCACGAUCCUGCUCAUUUUGACGGUAAGAUGAUUGAAUCGCGCUGCGUAAGUUCGCUCAUUACACUAUGAUAGUUCGAUUUACUAACAUUGAGUACGUCCACCUAUAUUGCCUAAUUUUGGGCUGCUGAUUUCAAAAAUGCCACUCGUUUUGCUCCAGGACGUCUAGGAUUCGAAAUAAUUGCGUAAUAAAAUGCUCUGCCCAAUCAUCUCAAAAUGUAAGUUUUUCGUUAAUAUUUUAAUUAUUUAUUCAAUUAUUUUGCCUUAACACGUUGGUCAAAACUAAAGUAUAGGACGAACAAAAAUGACAACCAAAACUGAUGGCAUAAUCUGAUUAUGGUAACACAAAAAUGUAUUUAUCAAAAUCCAAGCUGAUUAAAGUUUUGCAUACUUCUUAGUAUUUUAAAAUUGUUUAUGCCAUUUCGAUAAAAUACUCUACUACCAUUAUCAAAUGUUUUUAAAAAUUUGGCAGAUACAUGACUGAAAUAUGGAUAAAUUACAUUAUAAAUACAAAAUAAUGUAAAAUAAAGUUUGCAAUAUAUUAUUUAUUGUUUUAAGGUACCUAAUACAAAACUAAUAAAUAACUAAAGAUUCUUUGAAGCAAAAUCGAUUACUGCUUGCCUUAAAUUUUCAGUAAAACUUUUUCUUGGGUUUUACAUGGAAUUGUUUUUAACUUGGAAACAGUAUUUUUAAAUUCUUCAGUCUCUGUACAAACAUGCUUCUUACAUCUAGCGAUAUCCCCUAGAAAGGAAGGGCAUAUCAAAACUUUAGUUCGUUCGUCUGUCCUCUUCCCUUAAUAAUUUUUUAUGCCCUUUAUAUCUUGCCAUUUUGCAGAUAAAGCACAUACAUUCUUGGCUGCCGCGAAAUUCUCUAGCAAUUUCUAAAUUUUGAAAAUUUGGCAAUUGUGGCUAUGCAAAAAUACCGUUUUUACCAUAUUGAAGUAGGUCAUUUUGAAUCAUUUAAAUAAAAGUGUUCAUUUGAAAAAGUCUGCAGUAAUUUUUAUAUUUUCUCAGAAACCCUAAACUCUGAAUUUUUCGAUUACCAAAAACAAUUUUGUCUCCACAGCC